AUGGUGGUGGUGGGGAUGGUGGUGGUGGGGAUGGUGGUGGGGGGGAAGGGUGAUGGUGGUGAAGGUGGUGGUGGAGAUAGUGGUGGUGGUGAUGGUGGUGGUGGGGAUGGUGGUGGUGGUGAUGGUGAUGGUGGAGAUGGUGGUGGUGGGGAGGGUGGUCGUGGGGAUGGCGGUGGUGGGGAGGGUGGUGGUUGUGAUGGUGGUGGUGGUGAUGGUGGUGGGGAUGGUGGUGGUGGCGAUGGUGGUGGUGGCAAUGGUGGUGGGGAUGGUGGUGGUGGGAUUGUUGGAGGUGAUGAGUGGCGAGAGGUGAGGCUUGGGGGCCGGGGAGAGGGUGGAAGGUCGGGAGGAGGGGGGUGCGGAGGGGGUAAUGGAGGUGAGGGUGGGGGAAAGGGAGGAGGUGAGGGAGGGGAGGAGGGAGGAGGUGAGGGAGGAGGAGGGGGAGGAGGAGGCGGAGUAGGUGCCAGAGCUGGCUGUUGUGUUGCAAAACAGAUGGGUUUGGAAGGGGGGGGGGAGGAAGGGGAGUUGGGGAAGGGGGUGGUGAUGGGGGUGGGGGUGACGAUGGCGGUGGCGAGAGGAGUGGGGGAGGUGGAGGAGGGGAGGGAAGAGGAGGAGAGGGAGGAGGAGGAGAAGGUGGGCUGUGAGGAGGAGGAGAGGGCGGAGGGGAGGGAGGAGGAGGAGAGGGCGGGCGGGAAGGAGGCGGAGACGGGGAAGGAUUAG